GGCCAGGACAGCCUGGCUUCAUAUCUGAGAACAAGUUGCCAGUCAUCGCUACAGAAUCCCCGGGCCGUCAGCCCUCUGGACCACUUACCAAGGGUGCUUGAACCCAUAGACCUCAGACCUCAGGUCUCAAGACCAGUGGACAGUGCUUCCGGGCCAGUCAGUAAUUCUGGUGUUGUGGAGAGCUGGAAGGAGAAGGCUGAUUUGGCCUACAUCCUAAAAGCAGACCCCUGCGGCCACUGCCUCAUCAUCAACAACGUGAACUUCUGCCCCGAGUCGAGGCUGCGCACCCGCGUGGGCUCCGACAUUGACUGCGGGAAGCUGCAGAGGCGCUUCGGUUCGAUGCACUUCCUGGUGGAGGUGUUGUGUGACCUGACGGCCCAGCAAAUGGGACAGGCUCUGGUGCAGCUGGCCCGGCGUGACCACAGUGCGCUGGACUGCUGUGUGGUGGCCAUCCUCUCGCAUGGCUGUCAGGCCAGCCACCGCCAGUUCCCAGGGGCUGUUUAUGGCACGGAUGGACGCCCCGUGUCCAUUGAGAGGAUCGUGAACAUUUUUUAUGGAGCCAGCUGUCCCAGCUUGGGUGGGAAGCCCAAGCUCUUCUUCAUCCAGGCCUGUGGCGGGGAUCAGAAAGACGUUGGAUUUAAAGUGGCCUCCACUCCCUCCAGAGACGUGAGUCCUCCCAGGAGCCCCGAAACCGAUGCUGUUCCCUUUCAGGACAGCCUGGCCACCUUUGACCAGCCGGAUGCCAUGGCGAGUUUGCCCAUGCCCAGCGACAUCUUUGUGUCAUACUGCACCUUCCCAGGUUUUGUCUCCUGGAGAGAAACCAGUCACGGCUCCUGGUACAUCAAGACCCUGGACAGCGUUCUGGAGCAGUGGGCUCAUGCUGAAGAUCUGCAGACCCUCCUGCUGAGGGUCGCCAACGCCGUGUCUGAGAAAGGAGUUUACAAACAGAUCCCUGGUUGCUUUAACUUCCUCCGGAAAAGGUUCUUCUUUAAGACGUAAUGAGGCCUGGACCCCACGACUGAUCUUAACUCUCCUCCUCGCCAGAACCAAGCAUCAGGCCAGGUGGUGGCUGAGGCCCGGGCUUCCCCCAGAAUCACAGCUGUCACUCAUUGUAGGACUUUGUAGCCUGUGCGAGGUCUGUUCCUACCCCUGCCCGCUGGCAGGUGGGCUUUGAUCAGCUUCCAGAUGACUGGUGAUGGCAGAGAAGGAGAAGACCAGGGGCACCACGCAGCUUUUGACCAAUGGCCAGUUCCCCGGCUAGUGGCUGUGACGUGGGCGUGUAUGACUCUGCAUUUCUCACAUCUGGGGCCGGAUGAGGGUGACCCUUUGGGGCUAUCCUGUGCACUGCAGGCUGCUUUGGGGGGGGAGUCUCCCUGGCACUCCCCCCACUAGAUGCCAAGUAGCACAAGCUAUGUAUAGUGCCACCCCCUCUCACCUGAUCAAGACCCACCGAGCUAGACGACACUCUGGCUGGACAAACAGCAUCUCUCCCAGCUCAGGGCAUCAGUAGCCACUGCUGUCCCGCCAGCUGGGGUCUCUGAAUCCUAAAUGGAGUUUUCACAUCUUUGUGCCCAGUCUUGGCAUAUUCCUCAGUGAAUACUGGGUGAAGGUGGACUCUGGAGUCCACUCCCCAUCUGCCUCCUCCCCCGCUUGCCCCGGCUCUCUCCUCUUCCUUACGAAGGAACCUUUUGCCUUUCAGAAAACACUGCCCCAUCUCUUAAUUCACCUGGUCCUCACUUCAUUUCAGAAAGGCCGCUGGGCGUGGGAGCUUGUACUCAGGGAAAUAAAAGCCUCCGUCCAGGAGAUCGCCGUGAGCCCGUGGCGAAGUCCGGCCAGACCCAAGUCUGCCUCCAGCCUGGCCUGUAGCAACCUUCCUGGAACCGCCGGUGACAGCGGAACCUCAGCGCCAUGCUGGGAGUGUCUCAGGAGUCCCUGUCCCUGAGGUCUUUGGCGCUGUCUGAUCCCCGGCCUGCUUCUUGUUUGGGGGCCCCUGGCUGUCAGAGGUUGUUUUUUUUUUUUUUUUCUAAUAAGACUCUCACCACGACGUGA